GGAGUGGCUGGUUAUCGGAGUGCUCCUUGGGAGAGCGCAGAGACAGAAGUUCGCACCAGUUUGCCUACCAAUUCAGUCGGAGUCUCAAUAGCAGCCGCACCGCAGGGGACGGACGCGCUGCCAGAACUCAGGAUACCUACCCACUCAGAUUCUGAAACAAGGCUCAACCCUCCAGAACUGCCACCACGCACCAGACCUGUAAUCCGAUUGCCACCACACAAGAACUGACUCAAGGAAUCUAUUGGACACUGAAAAGGACAACUGUAUUGUCUUUUUUCUUCAUUUGUUAAUUUUUUUUAUUGUGGUCUCAGAAUUGUUGCGCUGGUUAGGAAAAGCAACAUAUUCAUACAACUUUCCAACUCUUUUCAUCAUCCCUAAAUCUGAAAGGUAAGACGCUCAUUCACAAAAUAUGUUAUAUUUAUCCGUGGCUCCCAUGAUCUCUGUUUUAUAUAAAUAUCCCAUGAAGUAGCCUAAACUUAUGAUAGCCAAACCACAUCGAUUGAAAACGCUGCUUCGGGCAACAUGCUUGCGUUUUUGUAACAGCCUAGUCUACUCUAUAUGGUUUGUGGAGCGCUUUUUGGAGAGAGUGAGACAGUUCCAUCAAAAAUAAAAACAGAGAGGGACUCUCCGAAUAAAGAACGCUUGCCUUUGAAAAGUCUGCCAGAUAGAGGGGAAGGGCUUUUGUGGUUUACAACUCCGGGAAGUUAAGGUUAUCAAACACAUUUCAAUCAAGCCCGGGCUCGCAUGCUCUUUAAAUUUGGUUCCCUUAGUUUGGCUGUGGCCUCUAUUUCACUUGGCACGAUGAAUGUCGCGUAAAAAGGAUGCACUUUUGAGGGAGUUGAAAAGGACACGCGGAGGGAAGUGUCCACGGGCUCGGGGCUCUGGGUCUGAGGCGCCCUGCUUUGUGCUCAGAACGGGGUUCCCAUGCUCUCAGGGGUGACGGAGCACCCUCCAAAGCCGCCAGACGCAAUUCACCAAUAUGCGUUCUCGCCCCAUUCUAUAGUGCGUGGCAUACAUUCUCUUCACUUGCCCUUUUUAUAGUGGUGCUUGCCGAUACAACAUGCACACAUGUUGGGAGGAUUUGUGACUAAAUGGGACAUACGUUUUUGGAAUAGUUUUCCUCCACCCUGUGCGAGCCCCCGCACCUGCGCUAUAACGGCUAUCCUGCUCUGAUUACUCUCUCACACACGUAUACUCACAUUUGGAGACCUUUAAAAAUCCUCUUCAAUUUAAGACAAACUACUGCAUAUUGAAAUGUAUGAAAAGCAGCAAACAAUUAUUUUUUGUUAAAUUUUUUUGAUAAUUUAUCAUAUUAUUCCUCUCUUAUUAACUUGUCUAUUUCAAUGUUUUUUUAGACAGACAUUUAUUUGAGUAGUAAUAAUAUAUUUUUGAUUGAUAAAAAGUGUUAUUCGUUUAUAAAUUAUUUGUAUAAAUUAAAUUUGUUAUGAAUUUUACGGAAGGAAAUCAGAAGGUAAGGAAUUCCAAGUUCUGCGCUUCCGUUAUUCACCUUGUUUUUUUUCAGCUGCAGUCCCCAUUGGGCUCAGGAGUAUAAUGAGAGACAGACUCAGAAUGGGAAUUUGAAUAACUGUUUUCAGUAGCAGAGAGAAGCCACUCUGCCUCCCGUACUUUCUCAGGAGAAUGAAUCAUGAACAAAAGUCUGAAAAUGGGAAAGUCUGUGUUGCAUACCGUAACUAAACCGUGAUUUGCAUAUGAAAACUCUGUGCUGAAAGAAUUCCGCCAGUGUUGCUGCUGCCAUUUAUGCGUCCGGAGAAGUGACGAGCUGCAGUGUAUAUACAGUCUCCUUCUCGUUGCCUUUGCUUUGUGCGGACCGCUGGAGUGGGAUGUCACGUCCAGAGUCGUUACUGGAAGAUUAAGGACAUAGCGACAGGUUUUUAUUCCCUUCAUUAAACUAUUCAUUAUAUCCACACCCUCUCCCUGUGUCCAAAACAUUCACUCUGCAAAUCCCUCAUUAUGCCUCCUCAAAUGGACACAAGCAGAGGCAGUGCCCUCAGACUGACAGAUCUCUCUCGUGAAGAACGGGUCUGUGCUCUCUGCCCAGCAGAACAUAAUGGAGACAUGAUUGACUCAUUUCCCACGAUGCUGUUCUAUGCCCUUAUCGUUGAUAUGCUGAUGGGCAGAGAGUGGACCACUUCUUUCCCAUGGGGCUUUUUGUGGGCUAAUCUUGUGUGCUCUUCCCUUUAGUCACAAUGACAGCAAUGAAGUGCACAUCAGUCAAAGGUGCGCCCCUCAUUUGAAUGGCUCAUUUGUUGUGCAGUAAUAGAAAGUGCCCUAUGACCUGACCCGCUCCACCAAGCAACAUUCCAGGAUGCUGUGCUAACUGCUGCCUCACUCAGAGAUGGACCACAAAACAGAAGAGAGAGAGAGGCAGGCAGGGAUGGAAAAUAGGCUCCCCUUUCUGAACACGCUAUUGUCCCAGCAGCAGCAUAACCUUUGUGGGCUGAUGAUGAUGAUGUGGAUGGUUUAGAGACAGAAUGUGAGUAAUGAUGUAGACUUAUACACACUCUGGGUGAGAAGAGUUGGACGGUUUAGAAGACACACACAAACAGAGAAACUCACAUUGUGCGCAGACAAAUGUUCUGCCCCUGGACCGGAGCCCUAAACCACAGUCUCUAUCAAUUCAUUAAUGAGCUGUUUGGCUCUCCAAGAGCACCAGACGUGCUCUGGGUUUGGCUCGCCAUCAGAAUGGGCCCAGGUUAUAUGUGGUUGGUUCCAUCUCAGCCUCUGAGCCCUCAGCCCUGCCUGUCUGUAUCCCCAAUCCCCUGGUUGGCCCUGAAGUGACAGCACAGCAGUGAUGGAGUCUGCUACUGAAGACCUACCGACUGUAAACCUGCCUUCAGAGCAGCUUUAAGAAAUCAAACAAAGGCUCCAGGUCCUGUGAGCCCUGCCAGGCAUCUCGUUGGGGGGAAUCUUAAAUGUCUCUUUAUUUGUGUUGAAAUUAAAGUGUAUUUUCUUCCCUCCCGUCCUGCUAAUGCGCUCCAUGUGGGAGCCGGCAGGAGGUUUACCCGUCCUGACAGGGAGUUAUGGAGCUGGGGAUGGGAGGCUGGAGGGAGGAUGGGGUUGGGACUGCGGCUGGAGGGAGACAGGGCGACCCAGAGAAGACAUUGGAGGGAUGGAGAGAUGGAGGGGGGAUGUGAUAGUGUAGAGGUAGUCGGGUGGCUGGUGUACACGUCGCACAGACACUGGCAGGCACGCACGCAGACACGCACACACAAUCUUAUUUUACAUACACAUGCUUAUACAUUCACACACACACGAGCACAUUCAUAUACACACGCACACAGAGGCCCUCACACACUCUCCACAUGGGUCUUUCAUGUUGGACAGUUGGAGGGCAGAACUUCUGCAGGGCCAUGUGAAUGACAGGCGUAAACUGCUCUGUUGUGCAUACAUGUUCUCUGUCACUCAGAAACACUGAUUACAUGUGCUAGUCAUCAGGCUGUGCUGGGCUGGCUUUACAUUGACUGACUGACUUCUGGAAUACCAGCUUAAACACACACACUGACUCACCAACUGAUCUCAAACAGCACACACAUAUAAACACAUUCAUAAACAAACACCUACAUCCUUCAACCAAACUGACCACACACAAUGACUUCUUUAUCAUGUAAUACAUUUAGUUUGUUUAAUGUAUGGAUUGAUUGAGACAUAAAAAUGGUAUCCACAAGUUCAUCUGACUCUGGGGAAGUAGAUAAAGAGCCUCAUUGCCAACAUCCAGAAAUAUCCCAUUAAUAUUAUUAUCUGGCUAAGUUGUCAUUCACAUAGUUCUGGUAAAGGCAUGAUAAAGACACAGGGUAAACACUGGUUCAUUUGUUGUUGUCGUAGGAAUUCAGGCGGAACUAACUGUCAUUGUAAAGUUAUAUCAUUUACAUUUACAUUUAAGUCAUUUAGUAGACGCUCUUAUCGUUAUUACUUAGUUAUUACCAUGGGUUAUACAGUUGAACUGUGACAGACUUUUAUUUCCAUCAUUAAUAUCUUAAUUAUGCUUUGUGCACCUAACCUGUUCAGUAUUAUCCUUACCCCCCCCCCCCCCCCCCCCCCCCCCCCCCUACCCUCAAGCUGCCACAACUUACCAUUUAUUAUGCAUUAGACUUUUUCUUUAACAACCAAAAGAGCUUCAUGUUUUGAACAAAGUUCCAGUCGGAGUGAAACUGAAAAAUAAAUGAAUAUAUAAAUAAAUAAAAAACGGCAGCAAAACAAAGUUGACACGAUUGUGGCCGGCUCUGCCUUCAAAUUAUCCUCCCCCCAAAUUACUAUCAUACAUUCUCCCUCACUCUAAUUAAACAUUAGGCUUUAUUUGUUCCAGAUGCAGCUUUUUUGAAGUUUUAUUUUGGUAACGGGAGCUAACUCGAUGGCCUGCGAAUGGUAGAGGCAGGCUUGCAGUCUCAUGCAUGCACAAACAAUCCAGAUUCCAGCCUGUAUGACCCCGACAUACUGCCUGUGCUGCACCACACAACCUCAAGGUCCAGACAUUAGCACAGUCAAAUCCAACUGUUUUAAUGUGCAGGUGUCAUCUUUCAGUGAUGGCUCAUACAUGGGAUCUGAGUCUGGAUAGAGGAACGUAGCAUUUAGUGGUAACGCUUUUCAGACUUGGGAUACUGCAGCACUUUGACCAACUCAAACCCAAGCCAUUAGUUUGAAUCAGUAAUACCACACACGCUGGGCAAGUUGCUUAUAUUGGAAACAGCACAUCAAGUGCAUGUUGGGUUAUGCCAAAACAUUUCGCAAGCAAAUCUGCUGGACGAUACCACACUAAUUAAUCAUUGAGAGCGCACAUAUCCCGUAUCUGAUGACAUCCGUCCAGUAGUGUCAUUACGUGGGCUUGGUGCAGCAGGGACUGGGGCCUCUGGGAGCCUAUGUGCUCUGUUUUGGGGCUGAAUAGUGAGAGACAACUCUGUAGAGCUCUGUACAUACCACCUCAGGGCUGUCUCGAGUAUUAAUAGACAUGUCUUUGUUCCGCCCGACACGCUUCUGAAGUGGAAUAAGACAAGCUGAGAUAAGGAUCUCCUCUCUGGGAGUCAAAUCUCAAAGUACCACUUAAAAGGCUUUCCUUCACCUCUCUGAAGCCUGGCUGGAUGAUGGGAGGCUCAGCUCAGAUACGAGAGGACUGAAGGGAAAAAUUGACACAGCUGUCAAGGGCUUUUCUCUGGCUUGUGUUUUAAAAGGAGGACAAUGUAGUAAUGAAGCCAUGUUUGUAGCAUGGAAGCAUGUCCAGCUUUGGGUUCUCUGGUUUGACUUAUCUGUCUCUCCAGAGGGAGGGAGGAAUGAGAGGAUGUCUGUUUGACAAGGACAGAAAGAGGGAGGGAUAGAGAUUAUAUGUGUGUGCAAGAGGCAAAGAUGAGCUAUAUAUGCAAGAGAAAAAUAGAUGGAAAGCUAAGGUGGAAAAGAAAGAGGGAAAGAGAAAAGGAGGGCAAGGAGGAGGGAGAGAGGGGUUAUUAAAAGGACACACUCUCACUUGCAGUAAAUGGCAGUAAAGUAUCUGGCUAAUCUGCCAUCAUUAUCCUGAUCAAAUCACCAGGGAUUUGGCUUUCCCAUCAGCUGCAAUCAAUGUGGCCAAAUCAAUAGACAGAGGAUAUCUGAGUGUUCCUGAGCCUCAGUGAGUUGCAAAGACCUGUGUACUGAGCCACGUCCCAUAGCCGUGGGGAUAUCUACUGAACAGUACAGUGUAGCGGCUGGUGCCAAUCUCUCCUCCUCUUCUAUCCCCAUAAAUCUAGUUUCUCUGACCUUAGGGAAGCCUUCUCACACUAGCCACUGUUUUUCUCUUGAUCUUCUCCCUCUUUCUGGUCCAAAGUGUCUUCUCUCUUUUUGUCUGCCUUCCACUUCCUCUCUUUUUCCAAGAGAUGGGGCCUCUCUCUGUCCAUCUCUGUCUCUCACUUUCCUCUCUUUGGCAGCGUGUUACUGGUUUCCCUUCCAUUCUGAUAGACUUAACAGGCAAAACUGGAAGUACAUUUUCAAGUUCUUCUUCCAAGUAUUGAUUGAAAGAUUUCCAAUAUUCACUACUAUGGCGUUUCUAACAUGAAUUAUGCUUGUUCUGACGGUCCUGCAUAUCUGCUUUGUGUGUUACAGGAGGAUGAGGCUGUGUUUUGGACCUCAGGGCUGGCCUCUGGCCCUGGCUCUAAUGCUGGGGGUUGUAGUGGGCCAGAAGCUGCCCACGCGAGAUGAGGGCCUGUUUCAGAUGCAGAUCAGAGACAAGACCCUGUUCCACGAUUCCUCUGUCAUCCCAGACGGAGCCGAGAUCAGUGGAUAUCUGUUCAGGGACACGCCCAAAAGGUAACGAGUUUAGGUCUAUAUAAAUACAGCCAUCACUAUCAACAACCAUUACCAACAUGUAGGUUGACUGCUCCAAACAUAUACAUGUACUGAAUGUCUUAUUUUACCAAAUGCAUGAGACCAGAUUGUGUAUUGAUCGAAAACAAACAGUGUUGUAGCCUUCCCACAUUAAAUAGCACUGUAGGCUCUGUAUGACGACUUAUGGCAAAUGGAUGCAUGGGGAAUAUGGAAUGCAUUGUGAUGUAUACUAGUAUGAGGAAAUGCAUUGUAGAUGAGAAGGAGAUGUUCAUGUGAUUUAGGUAAUGCCUGCUGAUAGAGACCCAGGUCAUUAGCAUUCCAUAGAGUGACCAUAGACUCAGUGUGUAGGAUGGUUUUAGUAGUUAACCUUGUAGUUAACCCUGCAUUCUGUUGGAUCCCUGUCAUUUACCUGGGCACUACUUCUUGUUUGUGAAGGUACUACUUUGUGGUGGAGGAGGACAACACCCCGCUGUCUGUGACGGUGACACCAUGUGAUGCUCCUCUGGAGUGGAAGCUAACUCUGCAGGAGCUGCCUGAGGAGGCCAGCGGAGAGGGAUCUGGUAAACACAAAUUAUAUGGGAAUUUACAUAAAUAUGAUUUAUGGAAUUAUUAGCUAAUGUAAAUCAGGCUAUUACAAUACUUACAUUGUAAAACGUGUGAAAUAUAUAACAAGUACAUAAACAAUUAUCUCAGUAAAUCAUCAUGAUGAACAUGAACUAACAGCAACAUCAACAUUUGAUUGAUAUGCUUUUGAAUAAAAUAAGAACGACUUUGUACAUUUUGUUGUGGUUGGGCCGCGUUGGUGGUCGGCUUUUUUGGUGUGGUUGUGAUAUGGUUAUUAACUAACUAGUGACACAGUGUCUGAACUGACCACACUGAAGUCUGAAUUGACCACACAUCUGUAGUCUGUGAAAAGGGCACAGCGCUCUGAGUAGAACAGACUGCCCUUGGCUGGCUGGUUGGCAGGCUGGCAUACAAACACAGUGUAUGAGUAAAGAGUUUAGAAUGUGAUUAAGCCUUCCUCGUUCCUCCCCCAUAAACAUCUUUAGAUAGCUAGGUACAAUAACCCCCCUUGUCCAUUCCUAACGUAUACUCCCUUUGUCCUCCAAAGGGAAGACUCUCUCUCUCUCUCAACCCUCUCAUUCUCACACACUCGGUCACUCUCUCUCCAUCUGGACAGUAUCUUAGAAACACAAGAAAUCAAUCAACUCCCUCAAGCCCAGUCCCAUUAGAGCCCAGACAUGGACUGCAGCGGUGGUUUUAUAGUGUGCAUAUGUGAGGGUGUGAAAGUACAUGUGUGCACGUGUAGAACUAUAUAGGUGUGCAUGUGUCUGUGCCAAUGAAUAAAUGGGCUCCUUGCCUGAUACCACCUGCUUUUUUGAUGUUCAUUCACUGUCCUAAUAUAUUAUAGAAUAGAGACUAAAUACUGUAACACAGUUAAUCUCCAAUAUGUGCUACACAUGGCAGCUUAACAUAGACCAAGCAGCCAUUCACAUAGGCUGAAGGUGAUGUGUGAGUGGAGCACUAGCCGUCAGGAUUGCAUUCGUUUCCAGUGAACGCUGUAAAUACACAAAUGCACAACCUCUCUGUCUGUUCAUAUGUUUGCUCCUCUCUUUGCUGAAUGUCUCGGCUUCGGAUCGGAUCUUUUAGCAUUAAUUUAGAACACCGUUGAGCCCACUCUCUGGUUGACAAGCAUAAUAUUAUGUUUCCUUGCUCAGCUGAAAUAAGGCCUGAGACCGACUCCCUCAUGGAUAGGCUACAAGGUGCCUCUUUGUAGCAUAGCUUCACAAGUUCCCAGGAAGGGCCAAGUGAAUACCAGCCUGGGAUUUUUGGGGAUGUUUAGAGUGAAAACAUGGUCGCUGGCUCGUGAGGGGCUAAUCGUCCGUGUGGCUCGGAGAGAGCUUUACCAUGACCUCAACAGGAUCAACACAUUAAACGGGUCAUUUUUAGCCACCUGUGGAAAUUACUUUACUUCAGGGCCCGAAAAAAUUUAAUAAAAUAAACAUUAGGGGAGGUUAGCAAAAAAUAUCUCAGGAGAUGAUGGGGUUGCUGUGAUAUGAAAGGAACUCAUGUUAAGUCUUCCUGUGUGUUUUCCAGGUGAGCCAGAGCCCCUGGACCAGCAGAAGCAGCAGCAGGUGACAGUAGAUGAGGGCACAGAGCUCUUCUCCUACAAGGGGAAUGAUGUGGAGUCCUUCGUGGCCACCAGCUCUCCCUCUGGCCUCUACCAGCUGGAGAUGCUCUCCACAGAGAAGGACAGCAAUUUCAAGGUGUACGCCACCACCACCCCAGAGUCUGACCAGCCCUACCCCGAGCUGCCCUACGAUCCCCGGGUGGACAUCACCGCCCUGGGCCGGACCACUGUCACGCUGGCCUGGAAGCCCACUCCUACGGGCGUUCUGAUGGGCCAGCCCGUCCAGCACUGUGUGGUCAUCAACAAGGAGCACAACUUCAAGAGCCUGUGUGCUGCCGAGGCUAAGAUCAGCGCUGACGAUGCCUUCAUGGCCGCUCCAAAGCCAGGCCGGGACUUCAGCCCCUUUGACUUUGCUCACUUUGGCUUUGUCCCCUCAGACAAUAACUUAAACCGAGGUCUCACCAGCAACAAGAUCUCCCGCUCCUACACAGCCAAACCCAAAGCCUCUGACAUUCAGAAAGUCUGCAUUGGCAACAAGAACAUCUUCACCGUGUCGGACCUGAAGCCGGACACUCAGUACUACUUUGACGUGUUUGCUGUGAACUCUGCCACCAACACCAGCACCGCCUACGUGGGCACCUUCGCCCGCACCAAGGUGGAGGCUCAGCAGAAGACGGUGGAACUGAAGGACGGCAAAGUGUCCGACGUCUUCAUCAAGAGGAAGGGCAGUAAGUUCCUGCGCUUCACCCCAGUCUCCUCCCACCAGAGGGUCACUCUGUUCGUGCAUGCCUGUCUGGACUCUGUUCAAGUGCAGGUGAGGCGUGACGGCAAGCUGCUGCUCUCCCAGAAUGUGGAGGGAGUACGGCAGUUCCAGCUGCGAGGGAAGCCCAAGGCCAAGUACCUGAUCCGUCUGCGAGGCAGCAGGAAAGGAGCGUCCACCCUGAAGGUUUUGGCCACCACAAAGCCCAGCAGCAAGCAGCCCUUCCCAUCGCUACCCGAGGACACACGCAUCAAGGCCUUCGACAAGCUGCGUACCUGCUCCUCUGCCACUGUGGCCUGGCUGGGAACGCAGGACCGCAACAAGUUCUGUGUCUACAAAAAAGAGGUGGCCGAGAGCUACGGCGAGGAGCAGCGGCGCCGUGAGCAGAACCAGUGUGCCGGGCCCGAGACGCGCAGGAAGUCAGAGAAGGUCCUCUGCAAGUACUUCCAUAGCCCCAACCUGCAGAAGGCCGUUACCACGGAAACCAUCACAGGGCUGGAGCCGGGCAAGACCUAUCUGCUGGACGUUUAUGUGGUGGGCCACAGCGGUCACUCAGUCAAAUACCAGAGCAAACUGGUGAAAACGAGGAAAUACUGC